AUGGAUAAUGGGGAUAAGAAUACGAAAUUUUUUCAUGCUUCGGUUAUGCAGCAAAGGGCCUGUAAUCGUAUUUCUGGUAUUGAGGUGGAUAAUGGUAACUGGACAAGUGACCCUCAGGAAGUAAAAACAGAAUUCCAACGUUUCUUCUCAGGUAUCUUCACGGCCGGCCCUAAUCUCCAAAUGCAUGAUACUGUGGAGGUCAUCCCUCACAAGAUUUCUGCUGCUAUGAACCAUUCCCUUGUCCGACCCGUUACAGAUUCCGAAAUUCUUUCUGCUUUAAAGGGUAUGGGCCCGACUAAAGCCCCUGGUGUCGAUGAAAAUCAGAGUGCUAUUAUUGAGGGUCGUCAAAUAUCGAAUAGUAUCCUUAUUGCUCAUGAGCUGAUGCACUCUUUGAAGAAUAGGCGGCAUGGUAAAACCGGGUGGGUGGCUUUGAAACUUGAUAUGGCGAAGGCUUUUGAUCGAAUUGAAUGGUCGUAUUUAGAGGCGGUCCUUUGUAAAUUUGGAUUCGCCGACCAGUGGAUUCAAUGGGUCAUGUCCUGUGUUUCCACGGUUUCGUUUGCUACAGUUAUCAAUGAAGGUUUCCACUACUUACUUCAGUCAGUGGAUUCAGCUGGUACUCUCCAUGGUGUUAAAAUUGGGCAAUUCUGCCCAUCAAUCUCUCAUUUAUUCUUCGUCGAUGACUCAGUACUUUUUUGGGAGGCUACUGCUUCGGGCUAUCAUGCUAGUAAUGAGGUUCUGCAAAAAUAUGAGGCGACGUCAGGACAAUUGGUGAAUAGGGAUAAAUCGUCCUUAUUUUUCAGUCCAAACGCCCCUAGUAAUGUGAAGGAAGGUAUUUCUAACUCUCUUAAUAUUACAUGUGAAAUUCAAGGUGGCAAAUACUUGGGCUUACCUUCCAUCAUUGGUAAAUCCAAGACAGAGGUGUUUAAGUACGUUAAAGACCGAGUCUUUAAUAGGCUUCAAAACUGGAAAGAUUCUACUCUCAAUAUGGCAGGAAAGGAAGUUCUGAUCAAGUUGGUGGCAUUAACUAUGCCCAAUUAUGUGAUGCAGUGUUUUCUCUUCCCUAAACGGGUUUGCAAGGAUAUUUGCUGUGCUAUUCGUAAAUUCUGGUGGGGUUCUAAGGAAGGGGAGAACAAAAUUAACUGGGGCUGGCGUCUUUUACAAGGUCCCCCUUCCUUAUUCCUAUCACUUUUUAAGGGCAAGUAUUUUUAUAAUAGAACAUUUUGGGAAGCUUCUUGCCCAAGCUCUGCUUCUUGGGCGUGGCGCAGCAUUCUGGCAGGUAGAGCUAUCCUUCGUAAGGGUUGGAGAUGGAAUGUGAGAGAUGGUUCUUCUAUUGAUGUUUGGUGCGAUCCCUGGCUUCCGAGAUCUCUUUUAAGCUGGAACGUUUCACUGAUUAAAGAUCUCUUUUCGGAGUCAGAUGUGGACUCAAUCCUGUCAAUCCCAAUUAGUUCACAAGGCUGUGGCGAUAAAGGUUUAUGGCACUACACCAACAAUGGGUCUUUUUCAGUGAAAUCAGCUUAUCGUUUGGCUAAACAAUGCGUCUCGCCGCAGCACUCUCGAGAACGUGGUGAGUCCAGUUUGGGCAUUCCUUCCGACUCUUUCUGGAAAAGUUUAUGGUCUCUCCCGAUCCUUAACAAAAUCAAGAUGUUUCUGUGGAGGUGUUCCCAUAAUGCUAUUGCUGUUUUUGCUAAUUUAAAUUAUUGGUGGUAUUCCUUCCCACAUAAUUCUCUUGCGUCUGAUGCAUCGGUGGAUAUGGGUGCUUUUUGUGCUUCUAUUUGCUGGUUCAUUUGGAAAACUCGAAAUCUAGUGCAUUUUGAUGGCCUUAACUGGGAUGGUUCUAUGAUUCUGGACAAGGCCUCAACCCUUUGUUCUGAAUUUAAAGCUGUCCAAGUUAUUGGUCAUUCUCUCCGAAGCUUGGCUACUUCUGGGAGUGUUCCUAUGUGGCGACCACCUCUUGCUGAUGUGGUAAAAUUUAAUGUUGAUGGGGCUGUUCAACAGAAAAAUGGUUCAGUUGGGAUUGGCAUUGUGGCUCGCGAUCAUAUGGGGCAGAUUGUGGGCAUAUUGGCUACCUCUUUUCCUGGGCUUUUAUCUCCCAAAGUUGUUGAGGUUUUGGCUUUUCUAGAAGCUCUGGUUUUUACUGCUAAUAGAGGCCUUUCAAAUUUUGUUGUGGAGGGUGAUUCUCUCGAAGUUGUUCAAGCACUUACUCAAUCGGAAAAAUCUUUUGCAGAUUGUAGCUCUAUUCUCUUGGAUUGCUUAGUUCUUCUGCCUUUAUUUUCCUCUUGUAGUUUCGUGAAUGUUAAUCGUUCCUGUAAUAGGGUAGCCUAUUCAUUGGCUAAGCGUUCCCUAUUAGGCAUUAGUCUAGAAAAUUGGGGGGUUAGCUAA